CCCACUCAUAAGUCCUAACUCACACGCACAAAGACACCACAGCAGAUGAUCUAAGAGAGAAAGAGAGAGAGAUGAGAAGCGCAUCCCAAGCCACACUAGACCACAUCUUGUUUCAGGAGGAUCAAGAUCAUAUGUCAUCCCUGCAACAGCUUCAGUCUUUAUGCUGCAAUAAUAAUAAUACCACUCUUCCAUUUGAGACUCUAAAAACCCUCAUCACACCCUCUCUUGCCCCACUGCCUUCUCUCCAUGAAUCUUCAUCCCCUCAUCAUAAUAACCUUCAUCAAAGAGACGGCAUAUCUUCCCACUUUGGAGCACCCCAACUCCUUUCCUUGCAGAGAUCCACUCCAUACUUGUGGGAAUGGGAAGAAAUGAAUGAGUGCAUAAAGAGGAGUAAGAAGUUGGGGGUGACAUCAUUAGGAGCAGCAGCCAUGAAGAUGAAGAAGUCAACCAGAAGGAAGGUGAGAGAGCCAAGGUUCAGCUUCAAGACCAUGAGUGAUGUGGAUGUGUUGGAUGAUGGGUAUAAGUGGAGAAAAUAUGGCCAAAAAGUUGUCAAGAACACCCAACAUCCCAGGAGUUAUUAUAGAUGCACGCAAGAUAAUUGUCGGGUUAAGAAACGCGUGGAGAGGUUAGCAGAGGAUCCAAGAAUGGUAAUAACAUCAUACGAAGGUCGACAUGUCCAUUCCCCAUCUCGCGAUGAUGAUGAUGAUCUGCAUUCGUCAUCUCAACACAAUCAUAUAUUUUGCUUCAUGAAUGAUAAUGAUCGAUGAGUAUAAGUCACAAUCAGGAUAUGUUUUCAAUCUUAAUGGAGCAGUAGUGGAAUGGAAGACUUCCAAGCAAGAGACUACUGCGUACUCGACUACUCUGUCCCACCACAUUGCUACAUUAGAAGCAACUGAGGUGGUCAUUUGGAUGCACGAGUUUCUCAACGAAUUAGAGGUGAUCUUGAAUGAUUGAUGUCUAAUAACUAUUUAUUGUGAUAAUACAUUGUUAUUGCACAAACAAAGGAACCAAGAUGCAACAAAAAUAAUGGACAUGUUCCAAAGCACUAUCGUGUGGUUCGAGA